AAUUCAGGCCGCAUGAGUCUUUUCCCGUUAGCUAGCUGCUCAUCACUUCAAAUACCCUGACACUCCUGCCCGGCAAAUUUUGUAAAAAGUUUAAAUCGCUGUUUUAAUUUGUGUAAAAAACUAAGGACGGAAAAUGCCUAAGAAAGCGAAGGAAGUGGCCGAAUGGGAAGGAGAUGAGCCAGCACCGGCAGAAAAGGCGGUGAAGAAAGGAAAGAAAGAUAAAAAGGGGAAAAAGACUUUUUUUGAGGAGCUGGCCUCAGAAAGUAAACCUGAGAAGGAGGAAGCACCUGUUGUCAAGGAGGGGCAAGGAAAGCAGCCCCAGAAGAAAAAGAAAGACCGUCGGAAAGGGAGAGGCGGAGAGGGGGAUGAUGAAGAGGAGGAGGUGAUGCAGAGGCUGAAAAAGCUGUCGGUGCAGCCCAGUGAUGAGGAAGAGGAGGAGGAAGAGGAUGCUGUGGUGCCCAGCAAGGGUGGCAAGAGAAAUAAGGGUGGGAAUAUAUUUGCUGCUCUCAGUCAGGGACAGAGCGACGAUGACGAUGACGAUGCCAGCGGAGAUGAAGAGGAGGAUGAGAAACCACAGAACAAGAAAAGCAGCCGCAAGGCGGUUGCUCUGAAAGAUCAGGAUGAGGAAGGAGAGAAAGUGCCAAAGGGCAGGAAAAAAGAGAAAGCUAAACCCAAGAAAACAAAGGAGGCCUCUGAGGAGGAGAGGGAUGAUGAGCCCGAGAAGAAAGACGAGAAUGAAAAGAAGAAAGAGGUGAAGAAGAGCAAGAAGACAGCGGCAAAACCGCAGAAGGCCUCUGAGGAUGAGGAUGAGGACGAGGAAGAGGAAGAGGAGAAAGAGGUGAAGAAGCCCCCCAAAGGGAAGAAGGAACAGCCCAAAAAGGGCAAGCCUGCCCGCCCAGCUCGCAGUGAGGAAGAUGAGGAAGAGGAGGAUAAGAGCGAGGGGGAAGAGAAAGGAAAGGACGAGGAGGAGGAAGGGGAAGACGGGGAUGGAGAAAAGGGAAAGGAGGAGGACCCCUACGCCAACCUGAGCAAGAAGGAGAGGAAGAAGAUGAAGAAGCAGCUGGAGUACGAGCGGCAGGUAGCCAGCGUCCGCGCUCAGAGUGCCAUGGAGGGAGAUUUCUCCGUCUCCCAGGCUGAGAUGUCCUCCAGGCAGGCCAUGCUGGAGAAUGCCUCUGACAUCAAGCUGGAGAGGUUCAGUAUAUCCGCCCAUGGGAAAGAGCUGUUUGUCAACGCGGAUCUCCUCAUUGUGGCGGGGCGGCGUUAUGGUUUGGUUGGACCCAACGGGAAAGGGAAGACCACUCUGCUGAAACACAUUGCAAACAGAGCACUCAGUAUUCCACCAAACAUUGAUGUGCUGCUUUGUGAACAAGAGGUGAUUGCGGAUGACACCCCAGCGGUGCAGGCGGUGCUGAAGGCUGACACCCGCAGACUCAAACUGCUGGAGGAGGAGAAACGGCUGCAGAACCUCCUGGAGAGAGGAGAGGACAGUGUGACCGAGAGGCUGGAGAAGGUGUACGAGGAGCUGCGGGUGAUCGGAGCGGCGGCGGCGGAGGCGAAAGCCCGCAGGAUCCUGGCUGGUCUCUCCUUCACCCCCGAGAUGCAGAACCGAGCCACCAAGAAGUUCUCCGGAGGCUGGCGGAUGAGGGUGUCGCUGGCCCGGGCGCUGUUUAUGGAGCCCACUCUGCUGAUGCUGGACGAGCCUACAAACCACCUGGACCUGAACGCCGUCAUCUGGCUGAACAAUUACCUGCAGGGCUGGAAGAAGACCUUGCUGAUCGUGUCCCACGACCAGAGCUUCCUGGACGACGUCUGUACCGACAUCGUUCACCUGGACAACCAGAAGCUGUAUUACUACAGGGGCAAUUACUUGACCUUUAAGAAGAUGUACGUGCAGAAGCAGAAGGAGCUCCAGAAACAGUAUGAGAAGCAGGAGAAGAAACUCAAAGACCUGAAGGCAGGAGGGAAGUCCACCAAACAAGCCGAGAAGCAGACGAAGGAGGCUCUCACUCGGAAGCAGCAGAAGGGUCGUAAGAAGGGUCAGGAGGAGGAGAGCCUGGAGGCCCCAGAGCUGCUCAAACGGCCCAAAGAGUACACCGUCAAAUUCACCUUCCCCAACCCCCCGCCCCUGUCCCCUCCGAUCCUGGGCCUGCACAGUGUGGACUUCGGCUAUGAGGGCCAGAAACUUCUGUUCAAAAAUGUGGAUUUUGGAAUUGACAUGGAGUCUAGAAUUUGCAUCGUUGGCCCCAACGGUGUAGGGAAGAGUACUCUGCUGCUGCUGCUCACCGGCAAACUAAACCCAACUCGAGGAGAGAUGAGAAAGAAUCAUAGAUUGAAAGUGGGCUUCUUCAACCAGCAGUACGCUGACCAGCUGAACAUGGAGGAGUCGGCCACAGAGUACCUGCAGCGCAACUUCAACCUGCCCUACCAGGACAGCAGGAAGUGCCUGGGACGGUUCGGCCUGGAGAGCCACGCCCACACCAUACAGAUCUCCAAACUCUCAGGUGGGCAGAAAGCAAGGGUGGUGUUUGCCGAGCUGUCCUGCCGGCAGCCUGACGUGCUCAUCCUGGAUGAGCCCACAAACAACCUGGACAUCGAGUCGAUCGACGCCUUAUCUGAAGCCAUUAAUGAGUACAAAGGAGCGGUGAUCAUCGUUAGCCACGACGCCAGGCUGAUCACGGAGACGCAGUGCCAGCUCUGGGUGGUGGAGGACCAGUCCGUCAACCAGAUCGACGGCGACUUUGAGGACUACAAGCGCGAGGUGCUGGAGGCCCUGGGGGAGACCCUGGCCCACAAGAGCAAGGACUGAGCCAGGGGAGAGGAGUGAGUGGAAGAGAGAUGUGCAGAAAGGGCCAAACAAUGUCAGCGCAAUGCAUCCCGACAGGUGCGACGGUCCAGUGGCGGUGUACUGUGGUGUCCUCUCACCCUUCCAAACGCUGAUACGGGUCUGUGUUGCUUUUCUCCUUCCUCAUAACGCUCACUCUCCUCUCAUUGGCCCACACUCGUCACAUGAGACGUAGAAACCAAUCAGAGAGGAGUUAGCAUUGUGUGUGUGAAAAGUUGCAACAUGUACAGGUUCACCAUAGGGGUUGAUAGUCACGUCUGAACCAACUAAAUGAUGGCACAAGGGCAAGACCGGUAGUAAUUUACUGAAAUGUUCUGUAAUGUUGGUCAGCAGCAUCUUAUGCUACAGUAUAAUGGGAGGAAACAGUACAUUAGCACUGGUCCGGAACACACAGAAAUAUAGAUAUCACUGAUAUUAAACCUUGAAUUAGGGGAAAGCUGCCAUUUAUGAAUUUAAAAAACAUGAAUGCUACUAACAAAGAAAUAAAUGGAUU